GACUUGGCAGCAGUAGGCAAACACAGAAGGACAGAUGUAACAGUCUUUCAUGAGGUCAAGCCUGCCAGUAUCAGAUUCACUUGAAACACAGCGAGUCAAAAAGCCCAGUCUCAGUGUUGGCACUGUGGCAUUAGAAACAAUCAGAAGCUGAGAGACUCUGUAGUAGCUAAGGUUCCCUUUUUUGUUUGUUUGCUUUCUGUUAUUUUUUGCCUACCGAGAGAAGAAAGAAGAAGGUUGUGAUAUAGCGUUGAACGUUAGCUUCACCAGAGAGACAGAGAGGUAGGAGUUGGUUUCCCACCGAGACAGAAGAGAGAGAGAGAGAGAGGCAUCUGCAUCAUGGCGGCGACCCUGUGCCAGGUGAUGGGCUUUGUGCUGAGCCUGCUGGGGGUGGGUGGGAUUAUAGCCGCCACUGGGAUGGACCAGUGGGCAACGGAGGACCUGUACGACAACCCUGUGACCGCCAUCUUCUCCUACUCAGGACUCUGGAGAUCCUGUGUCCGGCAGAGCUCCGGAUUCACAGAGUGCCGACCCUACUUCACCAUCCUGGGGCUACCAGCUAUGCUCCAAGCUGUGCGGGCCCUGAUGAUAGUGGGGAUGGUCCUGGGAGCCAUCGGUUGUCUGGUCGCCAUCUUUGCCCUCAAGUGUCUGAAGAUGGGGAAAAUGGAGGACAGCGUCAAGGCUACCAUGACGUUGACCUCCGGGGUCAUGUUUCUGCUCGGAGGUGUUUGUGGCAUUGCUGGAGUGUCGGUCUUUGCCAACCUAAUCGUUAGCAGCUUCCGGUUCACCACCUAUGCAGGUGGUGGAUAUGGAGGAGAAGGAGUACUGGGGGGAGGAUUAGGAGGAAUGGGAGGAUCUCUCACUCCCAGGUACACCUUUGGCUCCGCCCUCUUUGUGGGGUGGAUAGGCGGAGCCGUGCUGGUCGUGGGAGGGGUUAUGAUGUGUAUGGCCUGUCGGGGGAUGGUUCCACCAGAGGAGAAGAGACCAAAUUAUGGGAUGGCCUACAAGCCUGCUUCCCAACACACAACAGUUUACAAAGCUAACACCAGACCCAGAACGGCCUAUGACGAUUCUUUCAGAGCCCAGAGUAUGGAUGGAAGACAAUCCAACCAGCAAUAUGUGUGAAGAAUAUAAUAUUAUGUACCGUUAGGUUUUAGAGGUUCUCUGAAACAAAGCAAAACUGUUUCAAUGUAUCGAUGCCAAUUUCAUGUAGCUCUGAAGGGCUUAGAAGAUUUCAUAGAGGGUUGCUAUAGAGGUUUCAUAGAGGGUUGCUAUAGAGGUUUCAUAGAGGGUUGCAAUAGAGGUUUCAUCGAGGGUUGCUAUAGAGGGUAACUUUGAAGGAAGUACUUAUUCAGGUUUGAUUCAUUAUUUUUGUACUUGGAGCUCUCUUCUAUUUCUGUGUUUUUGUUAUUCUGCAUUUAAGGGGACAAUAUUGUAAUUUUCUAAUGCAUCUAUAUUAAAAGAAUCACAUUUCCAGAA